UGCGCGGCAAAUGGAAUUCAUGCUUGCUGGGAAAAGCGUCUUCUGCCGCUAUAAAAAGCGCGCUCGACUCACUAGUGCCAACGCGCUACAAAUCUACAGCCGAUCGAUCAUUUGAGGUUAAAUUUCUUUCUUCGAAGUACCGUAACUUAUAUUUUCGUUAUCAUUUUACCACGGGAAAAUGCAAUCCCUGCAAAUCUUAGCCGUGACCUUGUUGCUGGGCGUGUGCAGCUUAUCCUGGACGAUAGGCGCGAAUAAGAUACCAGAUAUCAAAACCAUCCGCCACUCUGUCAUCAGGGAUCACCCCCACCCGGAGGAGCAGGACGCUCUAAUGCAGCUGCUACUGGCUCGCUGGAAGACCGUUCUUUCUAAGCAGUUCCACAGCAAAACCGAAGGCAUCUUCUUCCUUAAGGAAGAAGCGAAAUCUACGGACAUGAAAGACCAACGGACCAUCACGUACGAAGUAGACUUCAUUACGGACGACGCCUCACCGCAUUUCACCAAGGCCCAAGUAGUUGCAGCCAUCAACAAGUCCAUGAAGGGGCAGCCCAUCGCCGGCGUCCACUUGUAGCCUCUUGGUGCCUUGAAUGGUUGAUUGCGAUGGGAUAGUCCUGCCAAAACUCCCACUCAGCCUUUUUUACAAAUAUUUUGACAGGAUGCACGGCAACACAUGAAUGCACUAUGCCAGACAG